GUGUAUGUGCUUACUGCUUAGUGCUUAUCGACUUUACUAUAGUUUUAUCGUAACACAUUCGCUAUUUCGCUAUACGGUCGAUUUCCUAGUUUCUGACUUUCCGAGCAUCAUCGUUUGCCGUUGAUUUUUUUGGCUGUGUCCGCGGUCGCAGUCCUCUCUCAUAAAACACACUCUCGCUCCAUCUUUUGUAAAAAUAUAUAUUUAAUAUUAGUAAUACGUACGAAUAGCUUGGCUACAAUACUACGUAUUGGCAUCGGCACGUUUUUUCUCGCAGUUAUUGUAACUGCAUUUCACCGACCGACGGAACUCUCCAGACAUUUGGCGUUAGCAUGAUAAUGGCCUGGCAGCCGCAAGAAGAGGGAUUACGGCAAAUCAUUCAGCUGCUCAAAGAAUCCCAGUCGCCCGACACGGUUAUUCAACGGACUGUACAACAAAAAUUGGAAGAACUAAAUCAAGUAUCAGAUUUUAACAAUUAUUUGAUAUUUGUAUUGACAAAACUUACUUCUGAAGAUGAACCUACAAGAUCAUUAAGCGGUUUGAUAUUGAAAAAUAACAUCAAGAGUCACUAUGAAAAUUUACCCCCUACAGUUACAGAGUUUGUAAAGUCUGAAUGCCUAACUGCAGUUGGAGAUAAUUCAGCAUUAAUAAGGGCAACUGUUGGCAUUUUAAUCACAACAAUAGCAUCACGUGGUAUCAACACCUGGCCUGAGCUUUUGCCUGCCCUUUGUCAAAUGCUUGAUUCUGCCGAUUAUAAUGUUUGCGAGGGGGCUUUUGGAGCUUUGCAAAAAAUAUGUGAAGAUUCAUCUGAGUAUUUAGAAGACGAUCGGCAAAACAAGCCGCUUGAUAUUCUCAUUCCAAAGUUUCUACAAUUUUUUAAACAUUCAAGUCCAAAAAUUAGAUCACAUGCAAUUGGAUGUGUAAAUCAGUUUAUUGUACAGAAAACCCCUUCUUUAAUGAAUCACAUUGAUGUGUUUUUAGAGAAUUUAUUUCAUUUAGCUGUUGACGAUGAAGCAGAAGUUAGGAAAAACGUUUGCAGAGCUAUUGUUAUGCUUUUAGAAGUAAGAAUGGAUCGACUACUUCCCCAUUUACAUGAUAUCAUUGAGUAUAUGUUAUUAAGAACGCAAGAUCCAGAUGAAAAUGUUGCAUUAGAGGCAUGUGAGUUUUGGCUAUCAAUUGCUGACCAACAAAUAUGUAAAGAAGCACUUACACCAUAUUUACCUAGACUAGUACCUAUUCUUGUUAAUGGAAUGCGAUACUCAGAAAUAGAUAUUAUUUUAUUAAAGGGUGAUGUUGAAGAAGAUGAAAAUGUUCCUGAUCGUGAAGAAGAUAUUCGUCCUAGAUUUCAUAAGUCACGUAAUACACAUGGUAAUGAAGAAGAUAAUAAUGACGAAGAAGAUGAUGAUGAUAAUUUAGGAGAUGAUAGCAGUUUAUCUGAUUGGAAUUUAAGAAAGUGUAGUGCUGCUGCUUUAGAUGUAUUAGCUAAUGUAUUUAAAGAGGAUAUUCUUCCAAUACUCAUGCCUAUUUUAAAAGAAACACUUUCAUCUACAGAAUGGGAAGUCAAAGAAUCUGGAAUCUUAGCUCUAGGAGCUAUUGCUGAAGGAUGCAUGAAUGGUAUGAUCCCACAUUUAAAUGAACUUAUACCAUACAUGAUUAAUCAUUUGAGUGACAAAAAAGCAUUAGUUCGAGCCAUCAUAUGUUGGACACUUUCUCGUUAUUGCCACUGGGUUGUUAGUCAACCACAUGAACAAUAUUUAAAACCAAUGAUGAAUGAAUUACUUACACGAAUAUUGGAUUCCAACAAAAGAGUUCAAGAAGCUGCAUGUUCUGCUUUUGCUACUUUAGAAGAAGAAGCAACUACUGAACUAGUACCAUAUUUAGGAUUUAUAUUAGAAACAUUAGUGUUUGCUUUUAGUAAAUAUCAACAUAAAAAUUUAUUAAUUUUAUAUGAUGCAAUUGGGACUUUGGCUGACUCGGUUGGUCAUAAUUUAAAUAAGCCAGAAUAUAUUCAUUUAUUGAUGCCUCCCUUAAUUCAAAAAUGGAAUGCAUUGAAAGAUGAAGAUAAAGAUCUGUUUCCAUUAUUAGAAUGUUUAUCUAGUGUUGCCACUGCAUUACAAUCUGGAUUCAUGCCAUAUGCUGAACCCGUAUUCAAAAGAUGUAUUUCACUAGUUGAACAAACAUUAAACCAAAAUAUAGCUAAUUCUCAAAGUCCAGACCAGUUUGAUGCACCUGAUAAGGAUUUUAUGAUUGUAGCUUUAGACUUACUCUCAGGUUUAGCAGAAGGAUUAACUACAUUUAUUGAAACCUUAAUAAAUGGUUCAAAUACAUUACAAUUGCUUUAUCAGUGCAUGCAAGACCCAUUAGCUGAAGUAAGGCAAAGUUCUUUUGCUCUUCUUGGAGAUCUGACAAAAGCAUGUUUCCAACAUGUACAUCCCUGUAUAGCUGAUUUCAUGCCAAUAUUAGCCCAAAAUUUGAAUCCUGAUCACAUCUCAGUUUGUAAUAAUGCCACAUGGGCAAUAGGAGAGAUUGCUGUAAAAUUGGGUACUGAAAUGCAACCAUAUGUACCAAUAAUUUUAAAUCAGUUAGUAGUAACAAUGAAUCGAACAAAUACACCUAAAACUCUACUAGAAAAUACAGCAAUUACAAUCGGCCGACUAGGUUAUGUGUGCCCUCAAGACGUCGCCCCGCUGUUACAACAGUUUGUACGCAUGUGGUGUACUUCAUUACGUAAUAUCCGAGACAAUGAUGAAAAAGACAGUGCAUUUAGAGGUAUGUGUCAAAUGAUAAGUCUAAAUCCUGGUGGAGUAGUUCAAGAUUUCAUAUUCUUUUGUGAUGCCAUUGCUUCAUGGAUCAAUCCUAAAGAUGACUUAAAGGAUAUGUUUUACAAAAUAUUACAUGGCUUUAAAAAUCAAGUAGGAGAAGAAAAUUGGACUAGAUUUACUGAUCAAUUUCCUCAACAGUUGAAGGAACGCCUAUCAACUGCAUAUGGAAUCUAAGACAACUCUGAAAUUUGGGGCGCAACUUGGGUGAAUCCAGCGUUGCAUCUUUUGGGGUUUUUUCAAACAGGCUUCGUGCCGAGACCUGGCUCGUCUUGUUGGACCUGCGGGAGGGAAGGGAGGGGGGAUUAUUACAAAAUCAAUAAUACCUAACAAAUUCUUUUGUUUUAAUGUUCUAAAAUUUGUUUUAUGUGAUACAUUUUUUCACAACCAAAUUUCAUAUAUUUUGUCAAUUUAGAGUGAUACAACUGUUUGUAUGAUCAAAUUUUAUAAACUAUUAUUAUUUUGUCUUCUACAGUUGAUUAUUAUUAUUAUUAAUAGUUUUUUUUUUAUGUUUACUUAAAUAAUUAUAAAUUAUUUUGUAUUUGUAGAAUGCUUGAUAACGUUUUUAUUUAGUAGCAUCAGGCCUAUUAAACCAAAAUUCUUGAAUAAUACUAGUCGCCCAUUUGUUAAUUCCUUUUUUGUUUGGGCUUUUCCUUAUAGAAUUUAAUCCUCCAUUAUUCAUUAAUUCCUUAAAGUUCCUUUAUUACCAACAUUCCAGAGUGAAUCCCUCUUCCUUUUUCCUUAUAAACAUGACCAUCAUUUUGGGAAACAAGUAUUUUGGAAUUUACUUAACAUUUUACUAAUUAUCAUUCACUAUUGAUUAACAUCAUAUUGAAAUCAGUUUCUAGUCUGAUGUUUUUUUGUAAAUUAUCUACAUUGUAAUUAUUGUAUUUCUUUUUUUAAACAAAAUGUUAUUAUUUUAUU